AUGAAUAAGCAAGUGUGUGAAAGCUUUAUGAGUGUAUGGGAGAAUUUUCCCGAUACAUUGACCAAUGAUAAAAAGUAUCAAUUUAAAGAUCAAACUUUUUUAACUAGUUAUUGUGUUGACAAUGAAUGUAAAGCUGAUCUCGAAAAAAUGAAUGCUGUAUUUUUUCAUUUGGUUAGUAAAUUCUUUGGGAGUUCUGGUUUGUUUAAUAAUAAUGUAAAAGAUAAUAUCAAUGCUGUUGAAUACAUUAUCAUAUGGUUAAGUCAUAUGUUAAACUUAAAGGAUAAUGAAGGAAAUAUUCUAACAAAUUUUUAUAAAGUAUAUAUUAAUAAUCAAGAAAAGUAUAAAAAUCCUAUAUAUGGUGUUGAUGAUUGUAGUAAUUAUAAUGAACUUAUAUAUAAAAAAAAUAAAUUGAUGAAUAUUACUAAUGAAAAAUUGUCUAAAUUUUAUGCUCCAUUUAAAUUAUUAUGUGAAAUGUAUACUGAAUUUGAUGAAAACACAUCAAAUUGCAAAAAAUGUUCGGAAAAAGCUAAUGAAUUUGCUAAAAAAUAUAAUGAACUUAAUGGAGAUUCUAGUAUUACUAAAGAUAGUUCCUGUAAUAAACUACUGUGUACUUUAUCAAAUGAUUAUGAUAAUUUUAAAAAGAAAUGCAAAAACUGUUCAUCCUUUCCAGCGAUAAACAAACCAAAUAUUACUCCAAAAUGUCCUGAAAAAACUUCUGAACAAAGUUUAAGAAAUUCUGCAGUAAUUUCUGAAGAUGCACCAUCAAGUUCAUCGAUAACAAGCAAAUUAUUUACAGUUUUAUCGAUAUUUGGUGCAAUAGCAUUUUUUUUAGGAAUUUCUUAUAAGUAUUCGUUAUUUGGAUUUCGGAAACGAUUUCAAAAACAAAAAUUAAGAGAAAAAAUAAAAAAAAUAAAGAAGAAAAUGAAUCAUUAA